ACAGUGACAGUGACGGUGCCAUCCAGCCACACUGCACUCCGGCUCCUGCAGCCUCUGCAGCAAAAGAAGAAGCUGCAGGAGCUGUACCAGCUGGGUCCGCAGCUGGGGAGUGGUGGAUUUGGCACCGUUUUCUCAGGCAUCCGCCUCUCGGAUGGGAGCCCCGUGGCUAUCAAACGCGUGGCUCGGGACAGCGUCCUGCAGUGGGACGAGCUGCCCGAUGGCACCCGUGUUCCUGUGGAGAUCGUGCUCUUGGAGAAGGUGGGCUCUGGCUGCCACAACAUCAUCCAGCUCCUGGACUGGUUUGAGCUGUCUGACAGCUUCCUGCUGGUGAUGGAGCGUCCGGAGCCAUCGCAGGAUCUCCUGCACUUCCUGCUGGAGCAGGGGUUCCUGUGUGAGGAGGUGGCACGCUGGCUUUUCUGCCAGGUGCUGGAGGCCGUGCAGCACUGCACUGCCUGCGGCGUCCUGCACCGAGACAUCAAGCCGGAGAACCUCCUCGUGGACCUGGAGAGCGGCCACCUGAAGCUCAUUGACUUUGGUUGCGGCACCUUUCUCCAGGAGCGCGCCUUCACGCAAUUUGCCGGAACACGCGCGUACAGCCCACCCGAGUGGAUCCACCUUGGCUGCUACCAUGGCCAUUCAGCGACCAUCUGGUCCCUGGGCGUGCUGCUGUAUGUCAUGGUCUGUGGAAACCACCCCUUCCAGGAGGACCGUGACAUCAUGUUCGGGCAGCCCUUCUUCAGGCAGCAGGUCUCUCCAGAGUGCCAACAUCUGAUCCGCUGGUGUUUGUCCAAGCACCCCGCGGACAGGCCAGAGCUGGAGGAGAUCUUGUGCCACCCUUGGGUGCGGGGCAGGCGUUUCUGAUGCC